AUGGCAGAGCAAUUGGCUAAAAACGUUGACCCGAGAUUGUACACACAGCCCUUUUUGGAUGUUGUUCUGUCCGAUGAAACUGGGGCUCCGAUCACCGGCGUUGCUUUGAAAAGCUGCCGUUUUGAGGUAACUGAUCCGGCCUCGGAGGAAGUGGUUCUGAUGAAGAUACUUCAGGUUCUUCUGGCUUGCAUAAAGAGUAAGGCGGCUAAUGGAUUGAGUAAUCAAGACAUUUGCACCAUCGUCAACACUUGUUUGCGUGUUGUUCAUCAAUCAAGCUCCAAAAGUGAAUUGUUGCAGCUUAUCGCACGCCACACGAUGCAUGAGUUGGUUAGAUGCAUCUUCUCUCAGCUUCCUUAUAUCAGCCCGUUGCCUAAUGAAAGCGAGUUACAUGUCGGCGAUAAGCUACCGAUUAAGAACCCGGUGAACAGUCAAGAGUGCGCCGGUUUGUGGGGAGGAACAUUUGGUUGGCCGCCUGGGAAAUGUACUGAAGAGAAACCAGGAAAGGCUCUGUUUUUAGUGAUGCUCACUUAUGAAGAAUCUCAAGAUGAGAGUGAGAGACUUCUUAUAGGGACGAAAAUACUUGAAGGUACUCACUACGUGAUGCAUCCUAAUGGAUCAGCAAUGUUUGCUGUAAAGAUUGGUUCUCCUUCUUUUGAGCUCUUUCCUUUUGAUGAUACAAAUGGAGAAGAUUUUGAGUAUUCUUACGCAGGAGAAGGUAUUGCGAAAGGUUAUGGUUUCAGGUAUCCUGGUUACAAACCGGGUUCACUGUUUGUGACAUCUAAAGGUCUUCUCAUGUUUGUUUGGAAAGAAACUAGAGUUGUGUUGACAUUGCAAAGACUUGAUCUUGAAGAUCUUUUGAAGAAAGGUGUGUGUGUAUCUCCUUUGCCUCCAUGUCUGAAUUUUACUUACCUGACAAAAUCUCACACCAAUGUGUUUACACCGGGGAGAAGAACAUCAUAG